AUGAACGGAGAAACUCGGGGUCGUACAUCGACCUCCAAAUCCCACUCCAACCGUGGAAGAAGAGGAAUCCACUGGGCGCCAUUGAAUAUCGGCCUUGAGCGGCGCCUCCAGACAUUCAUUGUGCUCUGCCACACUUUAACCAUCGCCAUUUUCCUGACUGGCUUCUUUUUCACCUGUGCGAUCCCGAUAUUUUGGCCUCUUUUGGUCCCAUAUCUUGUUUAUAUUUCUCUGUUCUCCACUGCCGCAACAUCUGGGGAUCUGAAAGGCCGCAGCCCAUUCUUGCGCUCACUGCCCAUCUGGAAAUUGUAUGCGUCCUACUUUCCUGCUCGUCUGCACCGAGAGGAGGAGCUUCCACCCACGAAGAAGUACAUCUUCGGCUAUCAUCCGCACGGUAUCAUCUCUCAUGGUGCAUUUGCUGCGUUCGGGACAGAAGCUCUAGGCUUCUCGAAACUAUUUCCGGGGAUCACCAACACGCUUCUGACGCUGGAUGCGAAUUUCCGCAUUCCUUUCUAUCGCGAGUAUGCAUUUGCCAUGGGUCUUGCUAGCGUGUCUCGAGAAUCCUGCGAGAACAUUCUCACCAAGGGGGGUAGUGAUGGAGAAGGCCAGGGAAGAGCCAUCACGAUUGUCGUUGGAGGCGCGCGGGAAUCUCUGAACGCCCAACCUAAUACCCUGCGCCUUGUCUUGAAGCGGCGCAAAGGGUUCGUCAAGCUUGCAAUCCGGACAGGGGCUGAUCUGGUGCCUGUCUUGGCAUUUGGAGAGAAUGACCUCUACGAUCAGGUCGACUCGGAUCAACAUCCCUUCAUCCACAAGCUUCAGAUGUUCAUCAAAAAGACAAUGGGCUUCACGGUUCCUUUGUUCCAUGCACGAGGCGUCUUCAAUUAUGAUGUCGGCCUGAUGCCUUACCGCACCCCUUUGAAUAUUGUGGUCGGACGACCCAUUCCGGUCAUGCAGCAGCAGAACCGUGACAAGAUCGAUGACCAGUACAUUGAUGAACUCCAUUCCCGGUAUGUGGAGGAAUUGGAGCGAUUAUGGGAUCAAUGGAAGGAUGUCUAUGCCAAGGAUAGAGAGGGCGAGUUGGAGAUCAUCUCUUAA